CUUGCUGUAUACAUAUCAAGUCCACAAUCUUGGUCUUCCUGCAAGAUGGCCAACUCAAUCCUCUUCUUUUCAUUUGUUUUGCUUCUCCCUUAUGUCUGUUCAGUUCAGUUCAGCAUAACUCGUUUCACCUCAAACAGCCCUGAAGUAGCAUACCAAGGAGACGCAAGAGCCAACGGCGCCGUUGAGCUUACCAACAUUGACUACACAAGCCGUUCCGGUUGGGUUACCUACGGCAAAAAAAUCCCUCUAUGGGAUCCACAAACCGGUAAGCCAUCUGAUUUCACCACCCGUUUCUCCUUCAGAAUCGACACACGUGGCGUUAAGUACGGUAACUACGGCCACGGCUUCGCCUUCUUCCUAGCUCCAGCUGAGAUCCAAAUCCCUCCCAACUCAGCUGGUGGCUUCUUGGGUCUGUUCAACGAAACAGACGUUGUCUCAUCUUCUUUCCCGCUCAUUCACGUCGAGUUUGACACCUUUACCAAUACAGAAUGGGAUCCUCUCGACAUGGCGUCUCAUGUGGGAAUCAACAACAACUCUCUUGUUUCCUCUAGCGUGACUUCUUGGAACGCGUCCGCACACAGCCAAGAUAUUGGCCGUGUGCGGAUCUUCUACGAUUCCCUUAGAAGAAACCUGAGCGUAUCCUGGACCUACGACCUAACAUCCAAUCCAAAUGAGAAUUCGAGCCUCUCUUACAUCAUCGAUCUUUCGAAAGUCCUGCCGUCAGAAGUCACUGUUGGAUUCUCCGCGACCUCUGGAAGCGUCACGGAAGGAAACAGGCUUCUGACGUGGGAGUACAGUUCGGACCUGGAGCUACAAGAUAUCAAAAAAAGCCAAGAAGACAAGAAAAGGAUGAUCAUCGGCGUUUCGGUGUCCGGAUUUGUUUUAGUAACGUUCUUCACCGUCUUGCUAAUAACCUUCUUCUUGAGACGGAAACAUCGGAGGGAGAAAGCAGGGGAGGAGAAAGAGAACUUGACGUCGAUCAACGAGGAUCUCGAAAGAGGAGCAGGACCGAGAAAGUUUUCUUACAAAGAACUCGCCUCGGCCGCCAACAACUUCUCGGUCGAUAGGAAGCUAGGGGAAGGAGGAUUUGGAGCCGUGUACAAAGGCUACUUAACCGGGUUAGACAUGAUGGUCGCCAUCAAGAAGUUUACGGGCGGGUCUACGCAGGGGAGACGAGAGUUCGUAACGGAAGUAAAAGUAAUCAGCAGUUUAAGACAUCGGAACUUAGUGCAGCUCGUCGGCUGGUGUCACGAAAAAGAUGAAUUUCUUAUGGUGUACGAGUUCAUGCCACACGGUAGCUUAGACGCUCAUCUGUUUGGUAAAAAGCCUCAUCUGGCUUGGCCUGUGAGGUGCAAGGUGACUCUCGGUAUAGCCUCCGCGCUGCUGUACCUCCACGAGGAGUGGGAGCAGUGCGUUGUGCAUAGAGAUAUUAAAGCGAGUAACGUGAUGCUUGACUCUAGCUUCAACGCCAAGCUUGGUGAUUUCGGGUUGGCUAGGUUGAUGGACCACGAGGUAGGGCCCCAGACUACGGGGCUUGCGGGGACGUUCGGUUACAUGGCUCCUGAGUAUAUAAGCACGGGCAGGGCGAGUAAGGAGUCUGAUGUUUAUAGCUUUGGGGUUGUUACGUUGGAGAUUGUUACGGGGAGAAAGUCUGUUGAUCCGAGGCAAGGGAGAGUGGAGCCUGAGGCGAGCCUUGUGGAGAGAGUGUGGGAUUUGUAUGGGAAAGGUGAAUUGAUCAAAGGUGUUGAUGAGAAACUUGGGGGUGAUGGUUUUGAUGAGAAGCAAGCGGAGUGUCUUAUGGUUGUGGGGUUGUGGUGUGCUCAUCCUGAUAGGAACUCGAGGCCUUCGAUUAAACAAGCGAUUCAGGUUUUGAGUCUUGAAGCACCGUUGCCUCAUCUUCCUACUAAAAUGCCUGUUGCUAGUUACCAUGUGUCGUCUUCGAGUGCUGCGACCUCAGUUAGCUCUGGUGGAGCUGGGACAGCAACGUUUUCAAGUGCUCAACUUGGUCGUUGAGCAGGAUCUAUGUACUCUGCUACGUUGCUGUGUUAUACUCGUGUUUCUUCUUUGUGUGGGUUGUUGUGCUUCU